UCCAGGUCUGGUUUCUGACAGCGUGGAUACGAUCACUUAUUUUAUUUUUUUUCUCCUCAAACCUUUGCUGUGUCUUAUCUUGUCACUUGAUACAGUUAUGGGUGUGUUGUGGUGAAACCCAGCCCUGACCAUCAUAAAGGUUUUAGGUGUAGUAGCUGUUGUUCAAAGCCUCCUUCCUCAUUCCAUCUGUCUUCACUGAGGAGCCCAGCAGCUCAGUCUUUACUCAGAACCUUUAGAACCGUGUUCACGUUCUGUCUCUGUUCUAAAUACUUCAAUUGUGUUUUGGCGAACACCUGCAUCUCUUCCUUAAAUGGAUCUUACUUUCCAUCCUUUUGUGCUUUUCUAUUUUCAAACUACACGGGGCAGCACACGUUUUCACCACAGAGAAGCUAAGGUCUCCAGUCUGCUAUGAAUGAGGAGAGAGAGGAGGGGGGUCCUACCUCUAAAACCACUCUGUCUGGGGAACAUGGCCGCCAGAGGAAAGCUAAGAGCCCAGAGCAGCAGGAGAGAGCAGACUCCCAUGGACCCAGCUGUGUCUCCAUGAAGAGUGAUCACUCUAUGGAUCCACCUGUCACAAUUAAAGAUGGAAAUCAGUCUAUUGAAAAGAGAAGAGUCCAGCAGCAUAGAGGAGACUCCCCUGGACCCAGCUGUGUCUCCAUGAAGAGUGAUAGCUCUAUGGACGAUCCUUGGAACUUUAAAGAUGGAAAUAAGUCUAUUGAGAAGAGAAGAGUCCAGCAGCAUAGAGGAGACUCCCCUGGACCCAGCUGUGUCUCCAUGAAGAGUGAUAGCUCUAUGGACGAUCCUUGGAACUUUAAAGAUGGAAAUAAGUCUAUUGAGAAGAGAAUAGUCCAGCCGGAGAGAGCAGACUCCCCUGGACCCAACUUUGUCUCCAUGAAGGGUGACCGCUCUAUGGGUCAUCCUCCUAAAUUUAGAGAUGGACGGCCCUCCAGAGAGGAGAGACAACCCCACCAGAGGUCAAAGGUUACCAGUGCUCAGUCUGUACAGCAGCAUCAAACAGAGCUGAUCAAGAGGGCUGAGGAGAACGCACACGCUUUCCUAGACAAGGAGCUGAAGAAGCUCUGGAGGGAUCUCUUCUCAGAUGACCCACAAUGCUCAGAGAGUCAGAGGGAGGAGGACGAGGUGGAUGAUAAGAAAAAGGAGCAGAGGAGGUGCGCCAUAGCGGGAGUGGUUGACAUCACAAAGCUCUGCCUGAUGGAGAUGAACCAGGAGGAACUGGCCGACACACUGUGGAGAAAAUCUGCUGCUGUCGAGUGCCAACAUAAAAUCAAGUCUAAUUUGAGGAAGAAGUUCAAGUGUGUGUUUGAGGGAAUCGCUAAAGCAGGACAGCCAACAGGUCUGAAUGACUUCUACACAGAGCUCUUCAUCACAGAGAGAGGCAGUGGAGAGGUCAACAAGGAACAUGAGGUCAGACUGAUUGAAACAGCUUCCAGGAGACCGGCCAAGGAGGAAAAACCAAUCAAAUGUGAAGACAUCUUUAAACCCUUACCUGGUCAAGAUAAACCAAUCAGAACAAUAAUGACAACUGGAGUGGCCGGCAUUGGUAAAACCAUCUUAACACACAAGUUCAAUCUGGACUGGGCUGAAGGCAAAGCCAACCAGGACAUACACUUCACUUUUCUCCUUACUUUCAGAGAGCUGAAUUUACUGAAAGGGAAAGAGUUUAGCUUGGUGGAACUUCUUCAUCACUUCUUUGUUGAGACCAAAGAAGCAGGAAUCUGCAGAUUUGACCGGUUCAAAGUUGUCUUCAUCUUGGAUGGUCUGGAUGAGUUUCGACUUCCUCUGGACUUCCAGAACAACCAGAUCUGGACUGAUGUCACAAUGCCGACUUCAGUCGACAUGCUGCUGACAAACCUCAUCAGGGGCAACCUGCUUCCCUCCGCUCGCAUCUGGAUAACCACACGUCCUGCGGCAGCCAAUCAGAUCCCUGCUGAGUCUGUUGACAUGGUGACGGAGGUGAGAGGGUUCACCGACCCACAGAAGGAGGAGUACUUCCAGAAGAGAUUCAGAGACGAAACGUUGGCCAGCACAAUCAUCUCCCACGUCAAGAAAUCACGAAGCCUCCACAUCAUGUGUCACAUCCCAGUCUUCUGUUGGAUCACUGCUACAGUUCUGGAGGACAUCUUCAAAAAAUCCCAGAUAAAAGAGAUGCCCAAUACCGUGACUCAGAUGUACAGCCACUUUCUGAGGGUUCAGUCCAUACAUGGGGACAGGAAGUACCAUGGGAGAGCUGAAACAGAUCGAAACUGGAGACCAGAGAGCAGGGAGAUCAUUGUUUCUUUGGGAAAACUGGCUUUUAAUCAGCUGGAGAAAGGCAACCUGAUCUUCUAUGAGGAAGACCUGGCAGAGUGUGGCUUCGAUAUCAGAGCAGCCUCAGUGUACUCAGGAGUGUUCACCCAGAUCUUUAAAGAGGAGCAUGUGCUGUACAAGGACAAGGUGUUCUGCUUUGUCCAUCUGAGCAUCCAGGAGUUUCUGGCUGCCCUUUAUGUCUUUCUGUCAGUGGCGAUUUCUCUAAGACUGCAAGGGAAGCUCAGCUUCCCCUAAAAUUUCGAACAUUAAAUUGUCAAAUAUGUAUUGUUGUGUUAACAUUUCAUUGACUACAAAUUCGUUAAAAUACGUUCAUGUCGAAGACGAGUUCGAUAAGAAUCUUAUCCAAGACUGACUCGAUUUUGUUAACUUCUCAUACAUUCCCGUAAUGUCAA